AUGAAUAAUAAUAAUAACAUUCCGAUCGAGAUUACCAGCUAUGAUGUACAGUCACCCGACGGUGCCGUUACUCAGGUCACCGAAAUGCUCUACGAUGUGGCAAACAAUCCGUUCAGACAGCCGUUUCCAACAAUACCGCCAUCACUGCCAUCAUCACCACCACCACCACCGCCGCCACCAAUACUAACACAUCCACUGACACCAGUAAUACCGACAUUUCUAUCGCCAGUAGUGACACCAACUUUGAUACCGAUUACAACAGAUCCGUCAAUUAUUACUCGGCAUAUGACAACUCAUUUCCGAAAUACUGGUGGCAAUUCUUACGGACCAGAAUUGACAUCAUUGCCACCAUCAUCAUCAUCAUCGCCAUCAUCGCAGGCUAUCAAUACGGCAAUGUCGGCAAAAUAUAACAGCUUUACCACAACAACUAGACAACCGACAACAACGCCAACAAAACAAAUCUUGUGGAGCAGACAAAUAGAACCGAUAACUAUGGUCUGGACUAUUGAACCGACAGUAACAACAACCACACGUCCACCACCAACAACAACGACAAUAACAACAUCAUUACCAAUUGAAUUGGCGUCAGAAUAUAAUACUAGAAGAUUAAGAAAGAAGAUGAAGACAUCGACUACUCAUCGACCGAUACCUAUCUAUAACAAGAGCAGCUCUCGGGGCAGUCAAUCGGGAGGAGGGCUCAGCGGGGCUGCCAUUGCCGGCAUAGUUAUCGGCUCUAUGGUCUCUAUUGUACUGUUGGCCGGUGCAUCACUGUUUGUAAUGUAUAGAAAGCCUUUUAGACCAUCAAUAAGUCACAUAAUAUCGGCUACGCCACCACCACCACCAGUACCAGUGCCAGUACCACCACCAGGAUCAUCGGGGUCACCAACAAAUGAGCCAAAUUUGCAUACAUCAAGAGUAUGA